AUGGACACCCCAUUUAACCCAAGUGAACUUAUUAAGAGAGCUGUAUCCAAUGUCACAUGUUCUGUUUUGUUUGGGCACCGAAAUGAGUAUGAAGACAACUCCUUUGGAAACAUCCUUCACCUCACUGAUGUCAAUUUCAAGUUAACUUGUGGAUUUUGGGGAGAGGUUUAUAAUACACUGCCCUUUCUUAGAUGCCUGCCACUGCCAUUUCAGAAAAUAAUCAAGAACAAAAAAGUUAUUCUUGCUUUCUUGAACAAGGAAAUCAAGGAACACAGAGAAAGUUGGACACCAUUAGAACCAAGAGACUACAUUGACUACUAUUUUGAUGAAUUGGAGAAGAGAAAGAAUGAUGGCUCAUCCUUUAAUGAAGAAAGCUUGAGAGACAGCUUGUUGGAUUUGCUGGUUGCUGGGACAGAUACAACUGCAACUGCUCUGCAAUGGGCUUUACUUAUAAUGGUGACCUAUCCUGAUGUACAAGCUAAGUGCUACAGUGAGCUUUGCUUGAUGCUGGACAGUAAAGCAGAUGAGCUCUGCUACGAGGACAGAUCCAAGCUUCCUUAUAUCCAGGCUGUGCAGCAUGAAGUUUUACGCUUUAAGGUGGUCAUUCCAUUGGCAAUACACAGUGUGAACCAGGAAGUUAAGUUUCUUGGAUAUACAAUCCCUAAGGAUACAAGGGUAAUGGUUAACAUUGAAUCUGCCUUGCAUGAUGAAUCCCAGUGGAAACAUCCUCAUGAGUUUAAUCCUUCCAACUUUUUGAAUGACAAGGGCGAAUUUUUAAAACCUGAGGCCUUUAUAACAUUUGGUGCAGGUUUAAGAGUAUGCCUAGGUGAGAAUCUGGCUCAGAUGGAGCUCUUCCUCUUUUUCGUCAGUCUGCUGAAGAACUUUGAGUUUAUCUGGCCUGAGAGUAGCACUGCACCAGACCUCACAUCAAUGUUUGGGGCUACGAGCACACCACGUCCCUUUGAAGUAAAACUGAGAAAGAGACUAACCUGACCCAAUUCAGAAACAAAAAGCAACAUACUAAAAGAUGAAACUGAUAUUAAGAGACUUGUACUGUGAUGUUCAGCUAAAGGCUGUCGCAUAUAAUUUGUAUGCUUUCUUCGUAUCUGUAUAACCAGUUACAUAAAAGUUAUAUGUUUUCUUGGUUUAUGUAUAAUUUUUGCCUUAAUUGCAUAAGAAAAUAUAAUGAAGUUCUGUAUUUGUAUAUCGACACCCAUAUCUGCCUCAGAACUACAGUUGUUACUUAGAAUAUGAAUAAAAAAUCCCUCCCAAGCCUGGUUUUAUCAAUAAUGAAAAUAAAAUUGCCUUUUUUUA